CACCUUACCAGCUCCGCUGAAGGACAAUAGAGAUCGACAUACGACGACAGAAACGAAGUGAUCAGGGAGCGAUCGCAGAGGCCAUAUUCUAACAACGAUAGCAUGAGUGAAAAGGCAGAGCCGCCCGUCACCAAGGCCACUCUGAGCGAGCUGGACGUCAACAAGGUCAUCCACAACCCCAAGUUGAGGCACGACGUCAACUUCGACCCCGACCUGCAUUUCCGACCUAACCUGGAUGGCGAGAAGGGACGGAGGAAACAGCAGAGGGCAAACGAGUUCUGGGAGUGCCUCACCCAGCAGCUGACACUGUUCGUGACGGACCGCGAUACGUUUGUCCAGCGCUACGGCGAGGAUUCGGACUGGUGCUUGCCCCGGCUGCUGAAGGCUGUCAAGGAGAUCAUCCAGACGCUGGUGCCGGCACGGGACCGCGACUUCCUGGACGAGGGCCUGAACGUGGAGCUGCUGAUCCAGCAGUUCAACAGGGGUAUUGCCGACCUGGAGAAGUUGGCCUCGUGGCUCUCAUCAGUGCUGAAGCUGCACUGCGCCCCUAUGAGGGACGAGUGGGUUGGCGAGAUGUACAGGGAGCUCAGCAACGGCAACCGCAACAACGACAUUG